CUCUGCGACAGACUUUGGUCGCCGGCUUUUUACGUCACUUAGUCACAAUUUCCGACACAAACAGACGCGGGCAAACAUGAGGUCAAAAGUGAUUACCUUCAUCGGUUUGUAACAAAACAUACACCUAAAUGGCCAGUUCCGUGGUGGCAGCGGGGCUAGCUUUGGCUGCAGCUGGAUUUGUAGGUCGCUCUGUUAUGCAGGCCAUCAAGCAGAUGCAGCCCGAAGUCAAACAGGCCAUUCAGAGCUUCCCCAAGACUGCCUUUGGACAGGGUUACUAUCGAGGUGGUUUUGAACCAAAGAUGACCAACAGAGAAGCUGCAUUGAUAUUAGGUGUCAGUCCCACUACCAGUUGGAAUAAGGUCCGUGGAGCCCACUUAAGACUGAUGAUACUAAACCACCCAGACAGAGGUGGCUCUCCCUACCUAGCAGCCAAGAUUAACGAGGCUAAAGAUCUAAUUGAGAGUCAAGCAAAGAAGUGAGAAGACUGAACCAAGCAGCUACAACAUUAUUCAUAUUGUUGCACUUGAGCGAUAGUUUAUGGACUUUUCAAAUAAAUGACAUUGUAAAUAGAG